AUGCUCCAGACGAGACCCCAACGAAGCAGUCUCGGUCGUCGCCAAUGGCGUGAAAAAGGUCUCGGUCGCACGGAGCCUCCCCGGUUCCGGGAGGGAUACCAGAUGACAGUUGAAGACAAGCUUCGCGAACGCUCUUGGCGUACAUCGGUCAAGGGUGGAACCAGAACUCGCUGCUGGACCUGCUAUCGUGGCAACAAGCAAUUUCCUUCUGGUGACCAAGCCGUCCACGGCGCCGAAAAAUUCGUGCUCUCGCCUGCGGCAAGGCCGAACCAUCUGAACAACCACCAAGCCCUCUUGCUGUUGGAGGCGUGGCUGGAAUGCCUGCUUUUCCUGGCUUCUAUGUCCACAGCUAAAGAGAUGGUCUGA